CAACCAUAUCCCCAUCCGCAUCCCCAUCCCCAUUGACCCAUUCCCCCUAACACUAAUACCCAACGGCACCCAUUGCCCAGUAAGGCAGCAAGCCAGCAACCCCUCCAGGCUCCAACCCCGCCGGCCGUCUCGUCAUCUUCGUCCCUCCAGACACGGUGCGGCUCCGACGACCUCCUUGCACGUCGCGCUUUGGCUCGCAGCCUCGCAGGUCGUCUUCUUCAUCGCAGCUCCUUGCUCCGUCGGCGGCGGCGUCGCGUCCUCUCUGUCCACUGCCUCAUCUGUCGGACAGGAACCGUAGCAACACACACAACGGCGCAGCUAUCUCCCUCCCUUCACCCUCGCACUCUUCCUUCCUGUCAACACCGGCGAGCUGUCUCCGUCACUUUCGUCCAGCCGCUGAACCACUCUCGUCUCCGUCGCAAGUUGGAGCUUUGAAGAUUACAGUCGUUUCAGCUCUGGAAGCACCAUCUAUUCUAUCGUCGCGGUUCCUGCCUCCGUCGAGCACCUCUGUUCCACCAUCGCCGGUGUUAGCUCGGUUCCACAGUCGAAUCGAUUGAACCAAUGAAUCAAUAAACCAAUAGCUAGAGUGGUUCGACGACCGGUUUAGUUUUCAGAACCUUGCUCCGCUCCAUCAUCUUCAGAGUGUGGUCCUCUACUAACUAAAGUUUUCUCAAACCCUAACUAACCCCCUUCCUACGCUUCUCAUUAGCAUUUGUGAACCGAACCGAACCAAUGGCACAGGAUUCUUCUUCCCCUGGUGGUUCUUUGGGAGUCAAAGCAGUCGACAAAGUUCAAGCUAUGAUUCAAAAGAGUCUCCAACUUCCAAAGGUGAAGUUCUUGAGGCAACGCAUGGCAGAAGCUGGCUGUACUGUGAAGGACAAUUUCUUCAGAGCUGUUGUUUGCCAAGGGAGGAAAGGCAUGGCUUAUUUUGCUCCUGGUCACGGGAUAUUUGUGUGCAGCAACCAUGUGACAUUUCAAGAUGAGGUCAACCAGUUGAUAAUUCAUGAGCUAAUUCAUGCAUAUGAUGACUGUCGUGCUGUCAAUUUACGUUGGAAUAAUUGUGCUCACCAAGCUUGUAGUGAGAUACGAGCUGGUCAUUUAAGCGGUGAUUGUCAUUUCAUGCGGGAACUACUUCGUGGUCAUUUCAAAUUGCGAGGGCAUGAACCGACGGGGUCGAAAAAUGCAAGGCAUAGGGAGUUAAUUAGCAAGAGGGAUAAUUUGAAUUCGAAUGGAUAUAUUGCUCCUAGCAGACCUAACUACGUGUAUUGCUGGUUUUCCUUUGACUUAGAUGAACCAAAGGAGUGUAUUAGAAGAAGAGUCUUGUUAUCUUUGUUUUCAAACCCCAAUUGUGUUGGUUCAGCUGCCAAGGAUUCAAUGGAAGAUGUAUGGGAUAUUUGUUACAAUGACACACAGCCAUUUGAUAAAGCUCCAUAAGAAAUUGCAUGGAUUGGUAGUGUUACCAUUUUAGUGGGAUAAAGCUUUGUUAUGGUUGGUACUUGGUAGUGUUACCCUUCUUGCUAUUCUUUCUGUGAUUAACAGUUUUGGAGGGAGACCGGCUUAAUGACCCAAUAUUGAGAAUUAAUUAUACAAAUCAUUGACUUGAAGGCUUGUUAUUUUUAUGGUGUAAAUUUCAAUAAAUUUUUCUCUGUUUAACAGA